AUGUUUAUUACAAAAGUUUGGCCAUUCAGGCGCCUGCUUCCCGACAACUUGACUGAAGACGUGCUACGUUGCCAUUUGGUUUCUGGUGCAGCGCCACUAUAUAAUGUAUUCCCAGCCAGGAGUUGUUCCAAAAUUGAUUCGGUUAUAAUUAAUAAAGAAAUUCUUCAAUUAUUUACAAAAUGGAUUAAUAAAAAUUCUAAGGAAAUCCUAUACGAAUUUAAUCUUCUUUUUCGAAGUAGCAGAGAUGGUUUUUCAUCUUACACAUUUCAUCAAAAGUGCGACAAUAAAGGGGCUACAAUUGUUGUAGGAAAAAUUUCAAAUUCAAAUCAACUGGUUGGUGGUUAUAAUCCGCUUGAUUGGAAUGGAAAUGGUCAAUAUAAAAAUACAACGGAUAGCUUUUUGUUUUCAAUUAGUGAUCUUAAAAAUGCAACAUUAGGACGCGUUACUUACGGUCAUCAGGCAGUCUAUUGCAAUAAUAAUUAUGGUCCAACUUUCGGUGCUCAUGAUUUAUACGCGCCAAAUAACAAUAGUAAUUGGCAAUAUAACGUAGUUUAUUAUUCUAGCAUCAACCUCUCAGGGUCAGUUACGAUUUCAAAUUAUGAAGUAUUUCAAGUAGUUAAAAAAAUUAGUUUAUCAUUAACGUUCAAAAGUGUAAUUUCUGCAUUCUAUUAG